GAUAUCCACGUUGAAAUAAAAUGAAAUAAUAAUUUUAAAUUUUAUAUUAUUUGCGUCCCAAAAAGUGACGAGUCCACUGAAAGUCACUGCAGAGCACAGCACGAGACUUUUCAGAGAGGAGGAACUAUCACUGGUUAUAUUUUUAAAACUGCGUCAUCCAGCCUCUCACGCGCAGGGCUCGCAAGUCAUCUAUUUCCAAAUAAUGUAGCCGUACCGGUGGUAAGUAACAUCGCACAUUUAAGCCGUGGUUGUGUUGGACAAAUCAGAUUAAUGCGAAGGCAAACGGGAUUCUGACGUAAAGGGCUUAAACCCCGGCAAAGGAGCGUCGCGUGCACCUCGGUCUUGUUCGCUUUCAGAAGCACUCGACGAAGAGGAGAGCAGCUCGUGCAGCCUCCACUGAAGAAAACCCAACCCCCCUCUGUCUUAGGGUCUGAGCAUGACUCCUCAGACAAGUGUCUGCGGCUGAACGGAACGGAGGACCGCCGGUAACAUGGCUUCGUAUCUGCAGAUCGCUGAUGACGAGAAAGGGCAUGAUCUGGACCUCUUCUGUGUCCCCAGACAUUAUGAGAACGACUUGGAAAAAGUGAUUAUCCCCCAUGGACUCAUCAUGGACAGGACAGAGCGUCUGGCUCGUGACAUAAUCCGGGACAUGGGGGGACACCACAUUGUGGCUCUGUGUGUGCUAAAAGGGGGCUACAAGUUCUUUGCGGACCUCCUGGACUACAUUAAAGUGCUGAACCAGAACAGUGAUAAAUCAGUCCCACUCACAGUGGAUUUCAUUAGAGUGAAGAGCUACUGUAAUGAUAAGGCAACCAACAAUGUGAAAGUCAUCGGAGGAGAUGAGCUGUCUAACCUCUCAGGAAAGAAUGUUUUGAUUGUUGAGGAUAUCGUUGAGACAGGAAGGACGAUGCAGACACUACUUUCCCUGCUGAAUGAAUGUAAUCCCAAGAUGGUCAAAGUUGUAAGCCUUCUGGUCAAGAGGACCCCAAGGAGUUCAGGAUACAGACCAGACUACAUUGGUUUUGAGGUACCAGAUGCUUUUCUGGUGGGCUAUGCUUUGGACUACAAUGAGUACUUCAGAGACCUCAGUCAUAUCUGCAUAUUGAAUGAUCAAGCCAAGGAAAAGUACAAAGUGUGAGCGUUCAAACCACCACAGAAGUGAUGUGUGACUCGCUGAAAACUAGGACCACUGUGAAGACCCUUCAAAGCUUUGCUGUGUUUUGAAUUUUAUUUAUUUUUCUAACAACUUUCAAGAAGAACAUUUCUUUUACACCAUAUAGAUAAGUGGGAUAUGUUAUGUAUAUGAACAAUACUUUGGUAAGUUUUAAUUAUUUUAGCUGAUUUAUGGAUUUCAGCUGUAAAAUCUAGUUUUUUUUUGUUCUAUUUGAAGAAUGUAUUUAAUUUGCUGUGGCUUAUUAGUGCACAUGUCUCAGGCUUUGUAUUGGGUGAGCUGUCAGUAGCCUUCAGUUUGCACAUGUUUUGGUUAAAAUUUGAGAUGCUGAUAUUUCCCAUCAUCUUGCAAUACUGUUAAGUAUUAUGUCUUAUAGGUUUAAUUUAUUACUUGAUGCUUUCAUUGAGGACCUGCUUACAGCAGUACAAGUCCAGUUGAAACCU